CACUGGUAUGCAGGUAGAACAAGGAAAUUAAAAGUUAACCCACAACGACCUCAUAGACUUCAGACUUCAUGAGGACAUGGACCCUCGUACCAGUGCCCAGGACGUAAUGCGAUGUGACCUUUGCCAGACCGCUGUGGUACAGAUGCACUGCGACACAUGUCUCAUUAACUUGUGUAAGGCCUGUGUGGGAGAACACACAAUGUCUGAUGAAGCCAGUAAAAAACAUGAAAUUGUUCAAUUCAAACAUCGAAAAUCAACCCCUCCUUACCCUAGAUGUACCUCUCAUGACAAAGAACAAUGCGAAAUGUACUGUAAUCUAUGUAAUGUUCCUUUAUGCACUGCUUGCAUUGCCUCUGGAAGUCACACAGCUCAUAAAAUUAGUCAAAUACUGACACUUUACGAUGCAAAGAAAAAGGAAAUAGAGGGAGAAAAUGAAGAAAUGGAGACCAGCAUUUACCCAAUCUAUCAGGACAUUGUUUCUGAUGUACAAAACAGAAUGACCCAGCUUGAAAAAGAAUAUGGAGAUCUUUCAACAGUGAUAACAAAACAUGGAGAGGACUGGCAUAGGAUAAUUGACAAAAUUGUUCAAAACCUUAAAGCUGAAGUGGACACCAUGAAAUCUAGACACUAUGACAUUUUUAAGAAACAUCUGGCUGAAAUAAAUCUGAGAAUAUCAGAAAUAAAAGAGGAAAUUCAAGCCUCCUUCAAAAUACUGGAAUCAAAUAACAUCUCUCAACUUCUUCAAUUCAAUGGAAAAAUAAAAGAAUUCAAAAAAUUUCCACAUAAACUAGAAGUAUUAUCUCCACAUUUUACCCCAAUGCAAUGUCAAGAAGAAGAAUUUCUGAAGCAGUUUGGGAACCUAUCAACCCUAUCUUUUUCUUCAGAGGAACAUGGCUAUAAUAUAAAGAAGGAACAGAAAUCGCCAGUAAUUAUUAUCCCCAAAGUAAAACAGUUGCUUAAAAAAUCAGAGACUGUUUCCACCAUAGAUACUGAAUACAGCCUCCUGUUUGGUGUGACACUUCUGAGUGAGGAAGAAAUCUGGACAAGAGGAUAUGUGAACACCAUGAAACUCUACAGCAUUAGUCAGGGCUCACUACUCAAGUCAGUCAGAACCAAAUCAGAGAACAUCCCAGAUGACAUUACAGUAACUAGUCAUGGCCAUCUUGUUUAUACUGAUCCCACAGACAGGUCUGUUAACGUUGUAAUGGAUGGAAAGAUUGAGACGGUGAUCAAACUACAGAACUGGAUACCUCGAGGUGUGUGCAGCACCUCCUCUGGUGACCUCCUGGUUGUCAUGAACAGUGAUGACAAAAAACAAGCAAAGGUUGUCAGAUACUCUGGCUCUAAAGAGAAACAAACCAUUCAGUUUGAUGAUCAAGGUAGACCUCUCUAUUCAUUAGAAGACAAUAAAUACAUCAGUGAGAACAAAAACCUGGAUAUCUGUGUGGCGGACCUUGGAGCUAAUGCAGUAGUGGUGGUCAAUCAUGCUGGGAAACUGAGAUUUAGGUACACUGGACACACCCCUGCUCCUAAAACCAAACUGUUUCACCCAAGAGGAAUCACCACAGACAGCCAGAGUCACAUUCUUACAACUGAUUAUGACAAGGACUGUGUUCACAUCAUAGAUCAUACUGGACAGUUCCUUGCUUUCAUUGACUGUGAACUGAGGUGUCCGUGGGGGUUAUGUACAGAUACAAAUGACAAUCUGUUUGUUGCUCAGGUGUUUAACAAACAAGUUAAGAAAUUAAAAUAUCUGCAAUAAAAAAUCUGAUUCUAAGAGAUUGAAAUAAAAUUCAAUAAACCUUAUGAAAUUUACUAAAUGGUUUGCCUAACUACACUUUAUUUAAUCCUCUAAAUGAUUGAGUACAGAAUCAGCAGUACUUUCUUUGGUCAGGAAAAUCCACAACUUGCCUUUGGCAAAUUGUGAUGUUUGGUACUAAACCUUUCUAUAUGCUGCAUCCCCAGUAUUUUGAUGCACAUAUGUGCACACAUCAUUUGCUUAUUUUUAAGAUGUCUGGUUUAGGUUCUUCCUUUGAUGAAAGAGUAAUAAUAUUUUUUAGCUCAGGAGACAUUUAGUAUAUUACUGCCUUGCUUUAAACUUGAAAGUCUAUUUCAGUU